CUGCACCCCGCCCCGUAUUGCUGCUCUGCUCCUCAGCUGUGCGUGCGAGGGACGUCGGGGGCGGCGCCGCAGCAGUUGCCCCUGGUAACGGGGGAGGCAGCAGGAGGAGGAGGAGGAGGAGGGACUCGGCGGGAGGAUGGGCUUGCUCUCAAUUUUGCGCAAGUUGAAAAGUGCACCAGACCAGGAGGUGAGAAUACUUCUCCUGGGCUUGGAUAAUGCUGGCAAGACCACUCUUCUGAAGCAGCUUGCAUCUGAAGACAUCAGCCACAUCACACCUACACAGGGUUUCAACAUCAAAAGUGUACAAUCACAAGGUUUUAAACUGAAUGUAUGGGACAUUGGUGGACAGAGGAAAAUCAGACCAUACUGGAAGAAUUAUUUUGAAAAUACCGAUAUUCUUAUAUAUGUAAUUGACAGUGCAGACAGAAAAAGAUUUGAAGAGACGGGUCAGGAACUAGCGGAAUUACUGGAGGAAGAAAAACUAAGUUGUGUGCCAGUGCUCAUCUUUGCUAAUAAGCAGGAUUUGCUCACAGCAGCCCCUGCCUCUGAAAUUGCAGAAGGACUGAACCUGCAUACCAUCCGCGACCGAGUCUGGCAGAUCCAGUCUUGCUCAGCUCUCACAGGAGAGGGCGUUCAGGAUGGCAUGAACUGGGUCUGCAAAAAUGUCAAUGCAAAGAAGAAAUAAAAUCUAGACGAAUGGAGAUGCAGGAGCUGCGGGAGCCGAAUUCGGUCCUGAAAAACACUAAUUUGCUGCUUUCUGACCACAUGUUUUUCCAUCUGUGUACAGCUCCAGCUGUUUGAAGAGAGGGAACAACACAGUUUAGAAAGAAUCCACAUUCCAGCAGUAGAUUUAACUGAUCUCUGAGGUUCAGUAUCAUUUUUCAAAUAAAGGAAUUAUAUUAUUUCCUCUGCAUAA